AUGAAAAAAAAAGCUGAUUCUCUUGGUAAGUGUUUGGGAAUGGAAUUCAUUAAAAUAGUUUUGCCAUAAAUAUUUUAGAAUUCUGAAAGAUCCUUUUCAAAAUGUGUUAAAUUCUGUUUUAGAAUAUUAAAUUAAUUAAAAUAAAAAAAAGGAGUAAAAUUAUUUGCUGUUAAAUGCUUAAUUAAUUUGAUUUAGAGUGAGGAAGUUUAAUUAAAGAUGGAAGACUCAAUAGCAUAUUAACAUUUUGAAUUUUGUGAUCAAUUAGCAUUAUGUGAACUUGAUAUAUAUUAUGAAUUUGCUUAAAUUGUUAUCUAAAAUUGUAAUUUAAUUGUAGAUACUUAUCUUGAUGAUAUUAUGAAAUCUAUUGCAAAAAGAAUUGAUUUUGGUUGUAGAAAAAUAAAGUCAAAUGAAACAAAAUAUGUUAAUCACACAUCAAUCGUUUUUAGUUGUAUAAAGAUUAUUGAUAUAAUAUUGUCUUAACCAUAUACAUUAAAAUAUACAGUAUUUAUAAUAAAAUAUUUAAUAGGCUUAAAUAGAACCAACCUUAAAUUAAAUUUUGAAUUAUUUAUUAUAACCAGAAAACUUACUAUUUAUAGAUGAGAUCUUUGAUGCUUGUUCUAAAUUCAUUUCAUAUACAAAGGGUUUAACAGAAAUUAUUUAUAUUAUUUAUGAUAACUUACCUACUAUUAUGGAAAAAGAAGGAAAAAUAACAAUUGAAAGUGUUUAUAGACUAUUUUUGUAAAGCACAAUUCAUGCUUCUGAGGUUGUAAAAUCAAAACCUUAGUGGAUAUCUAUAGUAUAUAUAAUAACUUAUUUCUUAGAUGUUAAAAUUUGUAUAUUCAGAACUUUAAAAAAAUGAUUCUAUUGAAGAUAAUAUCAGAAUUUCAAUUUUGAUACAAAUAUUUUAUUAAUACUAUAAUUUAGAUGAAUGCUGUUUGUUAUUAACAGAAUAAUUUUAUAAAAUACUUUCACUUUAAUUAUAAUAAAAAGAAAUAUUACCAAAAACUUUUAUUUCAAUUUUUAUGCCAGUAAUUAUAGAUAAUUCUAAAUUAUUAAAUACACAUCUAAGAUAAAUUAUCAUUAAUUCAAGUGCCUAUUUAAAUUUAACAUUUGGAAGAGCAUUAACUGUAUACAAUUAUAAGUUUUAUUUUAUAAUUAUUCACUUCUUAAUUUUGAAUUCUCAUCUUCUUUAUGAAGAAUAACAUAGACAGUAAAUAAUUGAAUAAUUAUUCAAUAAUUUCCUCAAUAAAUAUGCUGCAUACAUAGAAAAAAUUACUUUUCAUUAAAAAAUUGGAACUCAAAAUCUUUCUUAAUAAGUAAUAUAAAUAUUAAUAUUCAAGUAGGAAAAAAAAAUCCCAAGUUUUGAUCUAGAAUAUUAAGACAAUUAAUUAGAAAUACAUUUGAAAGAAAUGUCACACUAUAAAAAAGAAAAUCAAAUCGAAAAACAAAACUUAGUUGAUCUUGAAUCAACUCGUAUCAUGUCAUAAACACAAUAAACUUAGAUAGUUUAAAAUAUAUUACAAUAUCUAAAAAUAAAUUAUCCAGCAAUAUUAUCUCAAUUAACAUAAGCAGAUAACUUAUUAUUGAAUUCAAUAUUAUAAAUUAGAGAUAUUGAUGCUUAAAAUUAGUAAAGUGUAAGAUAAAUAAUGAAUGUUAAAACGUUAUAAAGGAAGUCUUAAAAUUUGAAAUAGUACAAUGUUAUGUGA